AUGUCUGCUUUCGCGCAAGCCACUGAAUUGGGCGCCUGGAAGGAGCUCCAGGAGCACCACACCACCCUGGGUCGCAACAUUGUCCUGAAGGAGUACUUCGAGAAAGACCCCCAGCGUUUCCAGAAGUUCAGCCGUACGUUCAACAACACUGUAGACAACUCAGAGGUCCUAUUCGAUUUCUCUAAGAACUUCCUCACCGAGGAGACGCUCUCUCUGCUGGUUAAGCUGGCUAAGGAGGCCGGUGUUGAAGAGCUGCGUGAUGCUAUGUUCCGUGGUGACCACAUCAACUUCACUGAGGACCGCGCUGUCUACCAUGCUGCUCUUCGCAACACCUCCAACGAGCCUAUGCAGGUCGAUGGCAAGAGCGUUGUCGAGGAUGUCAACAGUGUUCUCGAGCACAUGAAGGAGUUCUCUGAGCAGGUGCGCAGUGGUGAGUGGAAGGGUUACAGUGGCAAGAAGAUUAACACCAUUGUCAACAUUGGUAUUGGUGGCUCAGACCUUGGCCCUGUUAUGGUUACUGAGGCUCUUAAGCCCUACGGUCACCCCGACCUCAAGCUUCACUUCGUCUCUAACAUUGACGGAACCCACGUCGCCGAGGCCCUUAAGGGCUCUGACCCCGAAACUACCCUCUUCCUGAUCGCUUCCAAGACUUUCACUACUGCCGAGACCUGCACCAACGCCAACACAGCCAAGUCUUGGUUCCUCGAGACAGCCAAGGAUCCCGCUCACAUCGCCAAGCACUUCGUUGCUCUCUCCACCAACGAGGCCGAGGUGACCAAGUUCGGCAUUGACAGCAAGAACAUGUUCGGCUUCGAGUCAUGGGUUGGAGGUCGUUACUCCGUGUGGAGCGCCAUUGGUCUCUCCGUUGCUCUGUACAUUGGUUAUGACAACUUCCACCAGUUCCUGGCUGGUGCCCAUGCCAUGGACAAGCACUUCCGCGAGACUCCUCUGGAGCAGAACAUCCCCGCCAUUGGUGGUCUUCUGAGCGUGUGGUACAGUGACUUUUUCGGUGCUCAGACUCACCUGGUUGCUCCCUUCGACCAGUACCUCCACCGAUUCCCUGCUUACCUGCAGCAACUGUCCAUGGAGAGUAACGGCAAGGCCAUCACCCGCAGCGGCGACUACGUCAAGUAUACCACCGGCCCAAUUUUGUUCGGUGAGCCCGCCACCAACGCUCAGCACAGUUUCUUCCAGCUGCUGCACCAGGGCACUAAGCUCAUUCCUGCCGACUUCAUCAUGGCCGCUGAAUCCCACAACCCCGUUGAGGGCGGCAAGCACCAGCGCAUGCUGGCUUCCAACUUCCUUGCUCAGUCAGAGGCCCUGAUGGUCGGUAAGACCCCCGAGCAGGUUCGCGCCGAGGGUGCUCCCGACCACUUGGUUUCCCACAAGACUUUCCUGGGUAACCGUCCUACCACCUCUAUCCUCGCUCAGAAGAUCACUCCUUCGACUCUGGGUGCCCUGAUCACCUACUACGAGCACGUUACCUUCACCGAGGGUGCUAUCUGGAACAUCAACUCCUUCGACCAGUGGGGUGUUGAGUUGGGCAAGGUCCUUGCCAAGAACAUUCAGCAAGAGCUGGAGACUAGCGGUACCAGUGGCAAGCACGACGCUUCUACCAGCGGACUGCUUUCUGCUUUCAAGCAGAAGGCCAAGCUGGCAUGA